GAGCCUGAAACUGCACAGUUUCCCAACUCUGAACCGGCCGACCUGAUUUGGCCAAAACAGCCGGAAGUUGACGUCGGUUCGAGCGAUGCGAAGGAAGAAGGCACUCCGGGGAAAGACACAGAAAACAAACAGUUUGGCGCGGAAGACUUUGCCUCCAUCAUAGUGGAAGCUGUGGUGAAUAACACGGCUUUACUACCAUGCCGUCCAAUCAAGAAAUCGGCGGAAGGAGUGGGCUGGGAUGCUACAAACAAAGGAACGCUGCUGUGGAAGCGCGCGAGCACCAACGACUACUUGAUUCACGAUAACCGACGUACCCACCCAGAUACACGAUUCAUCUUGGAUAUGUCAUCCUUCGAUCAAACUAUCAUGGACUUACGCAUUGAUAACGUUCAACAGGCUGAUGAAGGAACGUACAUCUGUCUCUAUUCGACGGGCCAACAUGUCUACAAGAGGAAGAUCCGGCUAAACGUUUUGGUACCACCGAUCAUCUAUGAGAACAGUUCAAGCCCGACUCGAGUUGUCGUCCAAGAAGGGGAUGACACUGUGUUACACUGCAAAGCAUGGGGCGUGCCACAACCCAAUGUGACUUGGUACUUGCUUGGCCAGGACGGAUCUUCCAUACAGCUGGGCCGUCUGGCAAAUUCUCCGAGAUUCACUGUUGAAGCCAAUCAUCUGCAAAUUUUCAAUGUGACAAGGACGAUGAACGGCCUGUACAAGUGUGUGGCACAAAACGGACUUGAACGGAUGGCAUCACGCGUUAUCGAGUUAGACGUACAUUGUAAAAUACGAAUCUAUCGACUGGUAAUUGAUCAGGUGGCUGUUGAUCUGUUCGCCGACCUUGGUAAUCGAUUUGCAGAUAUUUCGUCACCAUUUGAAGAGACAUCUUCAAUGCGCUGUCCCACAAUUCCGCCUACCAUCCGAAUGGCAAAUACGAAAAUCGGACAGUUGCUUUACCGGACGACAAUGGUACGAGCAUUGAUUACUGGAAAUCCGAUAAACAGAUUCCACUGGGAGUUUGAACAACGGCCGAUUUACGGACCGAACAGCAAUUGUCUGGUUCCCAUGCCAAAUGAGAAAUACUGCAUGAUCGUAGAUACAAUGGGUUCACUACAGAAGGAACUAAAAACCACUUUGUUCAUAACAAAUCUGACAAUGCAUGACUACGGGUUGUACACGUGCGUUGUGGAGACACCGUACGGUAUAUUCCGAAACAGCACA